GCUGCACUCUAUGCAGAGAAGCAAAGAGGCGCACGGGAAGCCAUCCGUAGCUGCCAAGAAGCCUGCAAGGCACGGCUCCCUCCUUCCCCUCCCUGCGCCUGGGCUGCUCUUGCUGAUGGGACAGGAUGGAGAACAGCCUGAGCAGUGCCUUGAAGCAAAAAGCAACCGAGAGGCACCACAGAGCCGAGGUCAUGAUUGCAGGAGAGCAGCUGAGGCUUCGGCUCCAUGAUGGGAAGCUUAUUAAAGACAAGCGCUACCACCUCCGCACCUACCCCAAUUGCUUUGUGGCCAAGGAGCUCACCGAUUGGUUGAUUGACCACAAAGAAGCCCCCGACCGGGAAACGGGCAUCCGGCUGAUGCAGAAGCUCAUGGACCACUACAUCAUCCAUCAUGUUUGUGAUGAACAUUUUGACUACAAGGACGCCAAGCUGCUAUAUCGCUUUCGCAAGGACGACGGGACCUUCCCCCUCAACAAGGAUGUCAAGGUGUUCAUGAGGGGUCAGAGCCUCUAUGAGACACUGAUCAGCGUGGAAGACUCCAUCCUGAAAGUUAGAGAGGAGAACUCGGUGAAAUAUCAAAGGACCUUUCUGGGUUGUGAAAUGAUCGACUGGCUGGUCCAGGAAGGAGAGGCAGCAAACCGGAAGGAGGCUGUAGAACUCUGCCAGACUCUCCUGGAACAUGGGAUUAUCCAGCAUGUUGCUGUCCGGCACCAUUUCUAUGACAGUGACCUCCUCUAUCAGUUUCACAUCAACUUCCGUCGGAGGAGGCGUCUCACGGAGUUGCUCAAUGAGAACUCGCCCAGGGCUCUCUCGGACAGCCCCGACAGCCCCUUCUGCCUCCGCAAGCUCAACCCUGAGCAGAACAGUUCCAGCUUCCUGUCCGUCCAACCCAAUAAGGAAAUCAAGACUGUCUCAGCUGUUCGAAGGAGUAGUGUCACCUCGCUUGCUGGUGGACCCAAUUCAUAUUUCAAUUUCUCCCCAAGCUUGGGGUUCCUUCCAUCUGUUGAGUGCAACCCCAAAUCUGUCUUAAAGAGGCCUGUCACCAAUGAAGAGCUUCUGACCCCCGGGGCGCCGUAUCUCAAGAAAACACUAACGAUUGUGGGAGAUGCAGUUGGUUGGGGAUUUGUGGUCCGUGGAGGUCAGCCUUGCCACAUCCAGGCUGUGGAUCCUGGAGGACCAGCUGCUGCAGCUGGCAUGAAGGUAUGCCAGUUUGUGUAUUCUGUGAACGGGAUGUACGUUUUACAUUUGGACUAUCAGACGAUCAGCAGCCUCAUCAUGACGGGACCUCGGACGCUUGUCCUCGAAGUCAUGGAAGCCAUGGAAUGAAUGAAAAGGCACAUCCAUUGGUCUUGCUUCUCCACACGUCCACCAACAUUUUUC